GGUGGCGGCGCGGGGGGCGGUUUGGCUGCGCGGUACGAGCAGUGCAGCCGAGGGGGUGGAGGCGGAGGAGCGAUCCGCGCGGCCGGAGCGGGAAAGAGACGCGCCACCGCGGCCAAGGACUGGAUCCGCCGCGGCGCCCCGGCUCCUGGGGCCGCGCUCUCCCGGUGGCCGGCUCGGACCCCGCGGGCGCGGGCGCGGGCGCGGGAGAAGAUGGAGGAGGGCGGCGGCGGCGCGGCGGGGACCAGCGGGGACAGCGGCGCCGCGGGAGAGCAGCUCCUCACCGUCAAGCACGAGCUGCGGACGGUUACACCUACUUGGUCCUCCUGAUGACGACAAAGAGGAUUAGAUAAAGAAGUACAUUCUGACAAACUUGCUCUCUCCCUUAUGAUGGGCUGAAAUUUUGACCUUGCUAAUUUAACAGGACACGCAGAGAAGGUUGGGAUUGAAAAUUUUGAGCUCCUGAAGGUCCUAGGAACUGGAGCUUAUGGAAAAGUGUUUCUGGUUCGUAAAAUAAGUGGCCAUGAUACUGGAAAGCUGUAUGCCAUGAAAGUUUUGAAAAAGGCAACAAUAGUUCAGAAGGGCAAAACCACAGAGCAUGCUCGGACCGAACGCCAAGUCCUGGAGCACAUUAGGCAGUCGCCAUUUUUGGUGACACUGCACUAUGCUUUCCAGACAGAAACCAGACUUCAUCUCAUCUUAGAUUAUAUAAACGGUGGAGAGCUUUUUACUCAUCUUUCUCAAAGAGAACGUUUUACAGAGCAAGAGGUGCAGAUCUAUGUUGGUGAGAUUGUACUUGCCCUCGAACACCUGCACAAGUUGGGGAUUAUAUACCGUGACAUUAAGCUUGAGAACAUUAUGCUUGACUCUAAUGGCCAUGUGGUGCUGACAGAUUUUGGUCUCAGUAAGGAGUUUGUAGCUGAUGGAGCUGAAAGAGCAUAUUCCUUUUGUGGAACUAUUGAAUAUAUGGCACCAGAUAUUGUCAGAGGGGGAGAUUCAGGACAUGACAAGGCAGUUGACUGGUGGAGCCUUGGUGUUCUGAUGUAUGAAUUACUAACUGGAGCAUCUCCUUUCACUGUCGAUGGAGAAAACAAUUCCCAAGCUGCAAUAUCUAGGAGAAUUUUAAAAACUGAACCUCCAUAUCCUCAAGAAAUAAGUGCUUCAGCUAAAGACUUACUUCAGCGCCUUUUGAUGAAAGAUCCCAAGACAAGACUGGGCUGUGGUCCACGUGAUGCGGAUGAAAUCAAAGAACAUCUCUUUUUCCAGAAAAUAAAUUGGGAUAAUUUAGCUGCCAAAAAAGUGCCCGCACCCUUUAAGCCCAUCAUUCGAGAUGAGUUAGAUGUGAGCAACUUUGCUGAGGAGUUCACGGAGAUGGACCCUGCCUACUCCCCGGCAGCACUGCCUCAGAGCUCCGAGAGGCUGUUCCAGGGCUACUCCUUUGUUGCUCCUUCUAUUCUCUUCAAGCGAAACGCAGCCCUUAUAGACCCACUGCAGUUUCAUAUGGGAGCUGAGCGUCCAGGAGCCUCUAAUGUUGCCAGAAGUGCCAUGAUGAAGGACUCUCCAUUUUAUCAACACUACGACCUCGAUUUGAAGGACAAACCAUUAGGAGAAGGAAGUUUCUCAAUCUGUCGAAAGUGCAUACAUAAAAAAAGUAGUCAAACAUUCGCAGUGAAAAUAAUUAGUAAACGGAUGGAAGCCAACACUCAAAAGGAAAUAACAGCUCUGAAGCUUUGUGAAGGACAUCCCAACAUCGUGAAACUGCACGAAGUCUUUCAUGAUCAGCUUCACACAUUUCUGGUGAUGGAACUUCUGAAUGGGGGAGAGCUAUUUGAGCGCAUCAAGAAAAAGAAGCACUUCAGUGAGACGGAAGCCAGCUACAUCAUGAGGAAGCUGGUUUCCGCCGUGAGCCACAUGCAUGAUGUUGGUGUGGUGCACCGAGACCUGAAGCCCGAGAAUUUAUUGUUCACUGAUGAAAAUGACAAUUUGGAAAUUAAAGUCAUAGAUUUCGGCUUCGCACGCUUAAAGCCUCCUGACAACCAGCCUCUGAAGACGCCUUGCUUUACUCUUUAUUAUGCUGCCCCAGAGCUGCUGAAUCAUAACGGCUACGAUGAGUCCUGUGACCUCUGGAGCCUGGGUGUCAUUCUGUAUACAAUGCUAUCAGGGCAAGUUCCAUUCCAGUCUCAUGAUAAAAGUUUGACAUGUACCAGUGCAGUGGAAAUCAUGAAAAAAAUUAAAAAGGGGGAUUUCUCUUUUGAAGGAGAAGCUUGGAAGAAUGUAUCCCAAGAGGCAAAAGAUUUGAUCCAAGGGCUUCUCACAGUUGAUCCAAAUAAACGGCUUAAGAUGUCUGGCUUGAGGUACAAUGAAUGGCUUCAGGACGGCAGUCAGCUAUCCUCAAACCCUCUGAUGACACCUGACAUUCUGGGGUCCUCGGGGGCUGCUGUGCACACCUGUGUGAAAGCCACCUUCCAUGCCUUUAACAAGUACAAGAGAGAGGGGUUUUGUCUUCAGAAUGUCGAUAAAGCCCCUUUGGCCAAGAGACGGAAAAUGAAAAAGACCAGCACCAGUACAGAGACCCGCAGCAGCUCAAGUGAAAGCUCCCAUUCUUCUUCUUCGCACUCUCACGGCAAGACCACACCUACAAAGACACUGCAGCCCAGCAACCCUUCAGACAGCAGUCACCCAGAGGCCCUCUUCCAGUUCUCGGACUGAGGAACUCCACGGCCUGCAGCAGCCUGGCACCUUUAGUUUCCUCAGCAUUCACCUGAGGCUAAGUUUUGUGCUUUAAAAAAAAAAGAAGGAAGGAAGGAAAAAACAAUAGCAACAACAAUACGUGUCCUGUUGGUCUCUUGGGAAUCUGCCUCUUGGGAAUUUUUUCAGGAAAACCCAACAGGUUCUCCUUGUCUGAAAGCACUGGACUGAGCACUAACUGUGACUAGAACACACUGUGUGCUGUUCAUCAGACUAGCCUGAUGCCAACAGGGCCUUUUGUGAAAGAGCAAAGAGCUCUGUGAAUCUGAGGAAGGGCUGGCCAGGUCUGAGCUGCUUACAGAGUCACACAUAGCAGCUUCUCAGCUGGCCACUGUCAUUGACUUGUACUGUGAUAAUACCUUUUGCUUUGCCUUGUGGACACUGGGUUUAAAAAAAAUAAAAUUUGCACCCUUUGAAUAGUGAUUUAUCAGAGGAAAAGGUCUUGACUGUUCUCCAAAAGAUUCUGUGAUGGUCACCAUUUUAUUUUAAGGAGCACAGAACUUGGAUGGUGUGGCAACUUGCACCUAGCAUAUGGAAUCAAAUUUUAGGAAUUUGUAAAAUUCUACAGUCGCUAAUAAGAAAAGGGAAUGUUUUUCAAAUCAUUCUGUAAGGGUUCUUAUGUGCGACAUACACUUAUUUCUUGAGAGAUAAUUUUAACAUUGCUUUGAGUUUAUGAUUACACAUGAUGGUGACCUGCUAUUAAUCAUUUUCUAAAAAGGGGGGGGGGAACAAUAGGAGACCUUCAGGUCCUGUGCACUGUCUCUGGGACCCACCCAGGAUGCAUGCUAAGCUCCACAUGUUUUUAAUUUUGCACUGCUCUUCCCAGCAGGUUGUUUGAAUGGUUAUUGCAACUAUAUUAAGGUACAUGUCUCUGCUUUUGAGUAAUGUUGCACUUUAUAAAAGAAUGUGAAUAAAACAAACGAUUUUAUAAAGUGCACUGUUUAAAGCCUACGAACUCUAGUCUUGCCACCUUUUCCCAAGGUCGACUCUACAUUUGCCCUCACUUAUCCUUCUGCUUUGAAUGCAACAAGAAGGAGGGGCACAGUAUAGAACACAACCAUCCGCCACUUGAGGAGGACCUAAAGGGAAAUUCUGUGAACACUGUGCAACCUAUUUGUACACUGUGUUGGGCUACAGAGAGGCCUUUCCUCCUGUAGUCAGAUGAUCUGUACAUACUAUUUUAGAAUCUGAGCUACGACUUGUUUUGAAAUUUUUUCUGUUAAAAUUUUAAAUCCAGGAAGUGUAUUUUAUAAACUUAUGCAGAGCACUUUUACUGCUCUAUGAUUCUGAAUUCCUACAGAUAAUGAGUGCUAUGGGAUGAAGACAUUUCACUGAAAGAUUGCUGCAUUUCAAAAUAUUAAAUUUAAUUCAUUCCCUAUGCAAAAAAAAAACAACAAGAAGAAGAAACUAUAGGAUUUGUAUGUUUUUUGAUUUGCUCUUUAAAGCCAUCACAUGGAAUCAGUACUAAGAAGUGAUUUUUGCUAUGUUUACAGGAAUCAUGCUUUAUAAGAUACCGCCCAUCAUGCUUAUUUUAUAGAUUUCAUGAAUGAUAGCCUCUUAAGUAUUAGUUUGGAACUGGGGCAUGAUAUUUAUUUAUUCCUUUCUUGAGAUAAUAACAGCAUUAAUUUUAACCAAUUAUGAAUACUAAAAAAUUGCACUCUGUAAUAGUAUAUUUAUGACUAAAUCAUUGUAUAUAUUGAGCACAAGAAACAAAAACGGUGAAUAUUAAAAUAUUUUCAAAGUA